AUGAACACGCUCAGUGAACGACUUCGACAGAUCCGAGUUAAAUCAGAUUUGAUGCUAGCAUCAAGUGAGCGAAAUCAAGUACCCAUCAUCAACAGAACAUGGGACCAGUUAGAACGAGAGAUGAAAUCCAUGGAUGAAAGAAUUCCACAUUCACAAGAACUCCAUGCUAAGGCACAUUAUUUUCUGGCAAGCAAUGGUAUUGACACUGAGUACGUAACAGCACCUAUCGACACAAGCAAUACCUUUACUCGAAUUGAGGUUGAAGAUGAUACAAAUAUCGAGGAAUUUCUGAAUGAAGAACACGAGAAGACAUUGAUUAGAAUCAUAGAAGCCAAUCGACAAGAAACAACCAACGACUUCCAAUCAUCCUACAAUCAACAAUUUGAAGAUAUCUUUCGCAGCAUCGAAGCCGAACGAAAAGAGGAAGCGGAAAACGUUGUUGAUUUUCAAGAAUUCGCCAAAUAUGACAGCACUUCUGGCAUCAAUAGAAUCAACGAAUACGCUGGUGUUAUCACCAACUUGAACACCAAUCGCUCUCAAGAUUUGGACUACGAUUUGAUCAAGGGCCUAUCCAACAUUCGCAACAUGUCUGAACUAAAAAAGGCUCAAGAUUGCACUUUGGAAACCUGGCACAUUAUGCAACAUUUAGUGGAUCAAUCAGACGUCCCUGGCAGAAAAGAAGGCCGAUUCAUCAAAACAUACGCCUCAGAGCCAUACCAAAGCUUUGCAGCUGUCAAAACCCGUCGUGCACUGAUAUCUGCCUCAACAUCAUGGUUGGAGCAACAAUCUCAUCAAUUCAUCAAUGAAACCUUGAAUCGACAUGCACAGAUCAUCAAAAUUGGAGGCAACCCCUUAUUCAACUAUCGCUUGCGUGCCUUCAUGGACCUCACCUUCAAGACAAGUUCUGGAUGGUCAGACGAUAGACUGGAGAUUGUGGACAAUUUACCCAUUUGGGCGUAUGUAUAUUACUUGAUCCGCUGUGGCCACUUGGAUAUGGCUGCCGACUUUGUGGAUACGCAUCGUGAAAUGUUUGCAACGGAACGCAAGUUUGUAUCCUAUCUCGAGCAAUAUGUCAAUGCAGAGUAUCACACCGUGUCUCCAUCUACACAAAAAGCGAUUCUUGCCGACUACAACAAAUUUGAAUAUGGCGAACAUGUGGUGGACCCUUACAAGCUGAUUCUGUAUAAAAUCAUGGGACGAUGCGAAUUACAUAAAAAGAGCCAGCCUGACAUCAUUCGCACUGUAGAAGAUUUUAUUUGGCUUCAGCUGACCAUGUUGAGAGAGGUGGUUGUGGAUGAAGAGACCAAUGCAUUAGAACGCUAUAGACUGGCUGAUGUUCAGAAGCAUGUGGCAUCUUACGGUAAUAGCUAUUUUGACCCAGACAACACCAACCCAUGGAUCUACUUUCGUAUCUUGAUCUUGACAUUGCAAUUUGAGAAGGCUAUUGGCUUCUUACACAAGGAUAAAAAGUACAGACUGGAAACAGUGCACUUUGCAGCAGCUCUAGCCUACCAUGGAUUACUCAGGAUUCUGCCAGCAAGCCGAAAAGACACCAAGAUCAUGUUGAUUACCGAGGAUGAGGAGAACCAAGUCUUGUACUUGAACUUUCAACACCUUCUCUAUCAUUAUAUCCAAGUAUUCUUUCCUGACUCGCGCCAAAAUGCAGUGCAAUACCUGUAUCUUUUGAGCAUCUAUUCUUCAGAAAACGGAUAUCCUGAUCAAUCCAUGGUUCACCUUGCUAGAUCGUAUGUGUGCAAGUACGUGAUCGACUCCAACGACGCCAAGGCGCUCUUGGGAACUUUGAAUGAUGAACAACAUCCUGGAUUGAUCGAACGUCAAAAGAGCCUGUUAUAUAUCAGAUCAAGAGAGCACUUCAUUGAAGCAAUUCUUUAUCCCACUGCUGAGCAAUGCAUACAAAGAGGACGCUGCUCUGAUGCCGUUCAUAUCUACAGCGUGGCACAUGAUUACAACAAAAUGGUGGAUGUCUUGGUCAAGGAACUCACUGACGCGCUGCAACAAUCUCACGCCGACAGAAUCGUUGAUCUUACGCUUUCUGAUGAGCCCAACACAGCCAUCAUUCAAUUCACCAAGGAAGCCAUGGACUACUAUACCAAAUUUGAGCCAUUCACAAAGGCGGUUACCGCAGAGAGACAAAAUACCAUCCGCAUCCUGAUCCAUCUCUUGCAGUUCCGUACAUUUUAUGACCAAAAGGAAUUCAACGUGGCAAUGCAGCAUUUGGAAAGCACAGACAUCAUUCCUCUCCGAUACGACCACCAGUAUAUUCUUCGGUUGGUAGAGCGUUUUAAUUCGCUGGAUGACAGUAUCAAAAAGAACGUGCCUGAAGUCUUGCUCAACACGAUGGACAUUUUGUACAAAACCUGGGUAUCUCUCCUCAACAGACCGACUGAGUCGAGCAACCAUGUAAAAACAGCCCAAGCAAUUCUCAUGUUUACUGGCUUAUUACAAUACAGCAUCCCUACAGACAUCAUUAUUCGUUUAAACAAGGCUGUGGUCGCCAUGACAAAGGGUAGAUGA